AUGAUGGGUAAGAGAGCCACCAAUCACCUGCUCAAAACACCUAUCCAGGUAGGCAAUGAGGGGCUGCCCGUCACCCCCCCCCCCAAGCAGGUACCGCCCCUUCAUGAGGUGUCCAAACGUGACCUUCAGAGCGCCCAGGUACACAACAACAGGCAUCCCCGCGGCGGCCUGCUGACGGCGCUGCUGACGGUGCUGUGCCUGGUGCCGAGGGUCAGCCCGGAUAAGCUGUCUGUUAUAGUGCCAAACCAGAACCAGCAGUAUGACCUUGACCACGGCCUUGACCAGCCUGCCACGGGGGUCACCUCGGGGCUCUCUCUUCCCCUGAGCCCACCUGUGCCCCCAGCGCCCCAGUUCCCCCCUGCUAACCCUCCUUUCGCCGGGGUUAAUACAGGGUUCUCUCCUCCCCUGGGUCAACCUCUGCCCCCCGUGCCCCAGUUCUCCUUUGCCUCACCCCCGGCCCCCGUCCCCAUCGGCCCCCCCGGCUCUCCCUCUUCUGACUUUGACAUCCGCAACGCCCUGCCAGGAGACAACAACAUUCUGCAGGACCGUGUGCCCCCCGUCAGCGGCCUGUACGAGGUGCCGGACGAGGUGACGCCGGAGGAGAGUGACCCAGGGGUGUGCGCCGCCCAGACGGUUACGGUGACCUCCAGAGACCUGAUCGUGUCCACCUCCGUGACCCAGAUCGUCGUGCCAACCACCAUCGUGCGCCGCUUCACCACCACACAGGUUCAACUCCAGACGGCACUGCAGACCUUCUACGUCACGCUGCCGCCCUACACGGAGACUCAAACGUUGCCGCCCCAGACGGUGUACAUAACCAGGACGCAGGUGCAACGACAGGUGAUCACUUCCACCCAGUACAUCACCAGCCGCGUCACGGACCUCGCCUACACAACCAUCACCGAAACAAACCUACGCUACCAAACGGUCUACAGCACCAGAGUCGAACCCACGUACAUCACCACGACCGUCACUCAGUACACCACUCGGCCCUUGCUCUUCCCCACGCCAGCCCCCAAUACAGGCUACGAUUACUCAGCCCCCACUGCCGGCUACAACUAUCCGGCCCCCAGCGACACCUCCAGCAGCUUUGAGCCCCCUGGUGGAAGCGGCGGGUACUACGGAAACCCUGCAGCCCCGGCCUAUGGUCCAUUUUUUCACGCCUCGUACUUCCAGAGCCCCAGGAGAGGUCUGUUCGGGAGGCUGGGGUUCGGGGGUGGCUAA